GGAUAGACUUUAUGAUGGAAUUCAACCACAUAUGACAUACAAAGAACAAGAAAGAAUACGUCAGAGAAAUAUGAUGAAGCUGAAACGUCAGGAUCCACUUUUCCGAGCUGUAGAAAGAGAGAAACAGUGUUUCAGAAUGAAGGCUCGUCGACAAGAUCCUACCUUUCGAGAUAUAGAGCGAGAACGUCAGAGGCAACGUAUGCGAUUGAAAAGACAGGAUCCUAUGUUUAGAGAGAGAGAAAGGGAGAGACAGAAAUACCGUAUGCAGUUAAAACGACAGGAUCCAGCUUUUAAGGAGGAAGAGAAAGCACGAUGUCGGUCUAGAUCACAGACUAAAAGAAUAAAUACUACAACUGUUAAAGACUGCGAGAAUAGCAACAGAAAUAAUUUUGCUUCUUGUAGUCAGCUAAGUGAACUUACUCACCACAAAGCAGUGAUAGGUCAUGAACAAAAGGUAACAAAACUAAAAUCAGGAAUAGGAAGCACCAAUGAAUAUUCACAACAGAUAUACAGGUCUGUCUCACCAGGAGGUACAAAAGAUGGAAGUUGUAAACUACAAACAACCAGUAUGGGAAGAACUACAUGGAAUUCUCCAUCGCAGUAUCAAAACAAAGAUUUUGCUUCUGAUAGAAUGCCCCUUGGAUAUUAUAGGUCUACUGCCCCUCACUCCAUUAGCUCAUCUUCACUUUCUUGUCUGUUAAGGACAUCAUCAUCGAGCAAGACACUCCCAGACAUAUCAUCGAUCACGUUACAUUCCUCUUUGGCUCUUCAUUCCAAGAAAUUCCAGGGUGAGCUCUUUGACCACCAGUCAUCUUCUCCAAAUGUUGCUUCUGUGAUGAACUCUCUGUUUCAGUCGUACAUGCCAGAAACUGACUGCUUUGUGAAAGAUAAGCAGUUGCUGCAACAGAAGUCUCAACCUCAAGGGGACAACUCCAAACACUGUGAAGAAGGCUCUAACUUGUAGAAUCAGCCUGAUUAGGAACUCCUCUAGUUCUCAGCACCAGCAUUGUGAAGACACAAUUACUAGUCGUGGAAGUAACCGUGCAGCAGCAUCUUGUCUCCAAAUGUUUCUAGGCUUAGUAUCUCUUCGCCACACUGUUUGUGUCCUUUCACCUCGUAGUUAGAGCUAACUGUUUAACAAAACUCACUUAUCACUAAAAUUACAUUUUCAAAUCUCUGGAGUAAAGAAUUCAACUCCUGGUGGUAUGUUUGGUUACAGAAAUGACACUAUUGAUGUUAGGUUUAGGUAUGAUAUGAGUGGGAAGAUGUGUGAUGUGUAGGAAGAUUCAGUAAUGACACUAUAAAUGUUAGGUUUAGGUAUGAUAUAAGUGUGAUGUGUAGAAAGAUUCAGUAAUGACACUAUAAAUGUUAGGUUUAGGUAUGAUAUAAGUGUGAUGUGUAGGAAGAUGCAGCAAUGACACUAUAAAUGUUAGGUUUAGGUAUGAUAUAAGUAAGAUGUGUAGGAAGAUACAGCAAUGACACUAUAAAUGUAAGGUAUAGGUAUGAUAUAAGUGUGAUGUGUAGGAAGAUACAGCAAUGACACUAUAAAUGUAAGGUUUAGGUAUGAUAUAAGUGUGAUGUGUAGGAAGAUACAGCAAUGGCACUAUAAAUGUAAGGUUUAGGUAUGAUAUAAGUAAGAUGUGUAGGAAGAUACAGCAAUGACACUAUAAAUGUUAGGUUUAGGUAUGAUAUAAGUAAGAUGUGUAGGAAGAUGCAGCAAUGACACUAUAAAUGUUAGGUUUAGGUAUGAUAUAAGUAAGAUGUGUAGGAAGAUACAGCAAUGACACUAUAAAUGUUAGGUUUAGGUGUGAUAUAAGUGUGAUGUGUAGGAAGAUACAGCAAUGACACUAUAAAUGUUAGGUUUAGGUAUGAUGUAAGUAAGAUGUGUAGGAAGAUACAGCAAUGACACUAUAAAUGUUAGGUUUAGGUAUGAUAUAAGUAAGAUGUGUAGGAAGAUACAGCAAUGACACUAUAAAUGUUAGGUUUAGGUAUGAUAUAAUUGAGAUGUGUAGGAAGAUACAGCAAUGACACUAUAAAUGUUAGGUUUAGGUAUGAUAUAAGUAAGAUGUGUAGGAAGAUAC